AUGCAUCAAGUGUCUGACAACAUGUUGAACAUUGCCAACUUGAUACUCCUGCCGUCAUUCUGUUGUCAAAUGUACCUCGUGGUUAUCUGUGAGAAGGUCAAAUUGAAUAUUUUGGAUUCAUCCGAUGGAAACACUCGUUGCACUCGUGAGUUCAUUCAUUAUGAACUGGAAAAUCAAUUUUUGGAAACCUCUGUUCAAGCUACAGAUCUUCCUCCUUCAUGA